CGGAAGAAGGUCUUCCGCUGCAAUAAUUUUGACGCUCAGUACUGGUUGUAAGCUACAAUGUCUCAUCUUUCUCAGGAAGAAUUGGUCAAGCAAUGGGAAAGUGAACAGGCGUCCCUGAGGCAGCUGAUGGUGGAGGAGGAUACUGAGGAUUGGCAGAGGAGUCCGGACUUCACCGGGCUGGAGAGGGUCGGAGGUGUGGACCUGUCCUUCGUCAAAGGAGAUGAUGUUAACGCCUGUGCCCAGCUAGUGGUGCUCAGCUACCCAGAUCUGGAGCUGCUAUAUGAGGACAGCCAGAUGGUGACCCUAACCGCCCCAUACAUUGCAGGGUUCCUGGCCUUCAGGGAGACUCCCUACCUGCUGGAGGCUCUUCAGCGCCUGGAGAAGACGCAGCCCAACCUGCUACCUCAGGUGGUCUUGGUGGAUGGGAAUGGCCUAUUCCACUACAGAGAGUUUGGCCUGGCGUGUCAUCUGGGCGUCCUGUCAGGGCUUCCUUGUGUAGGUGUGGCCAAGAACCUACUGCAAGUACAGGGGGUGACCAAGAGCCAGCAACACCAGUUGCAGAUUGCCUCGCUGCAGAAGGGAGGUGACAGUUUCCCUCUGACAGCUGCCUCCGGGAAGGUGCUGGGGAAGGCCCUGCGUAGUUCCGACAGCAGCACCAAACCUGUUUACGUGUCAACAGGCCACAGAAUCAGCCUGGAGACGGCCCUGCGUCUGACACACACCUGCUGCCGCUACCGCGUCCCAGAGCCCAUCAGACAGCAACACGUGGUGCCUCAAACAUGGAUGUCCUCUCUGACAGGAAGCGGCCCGGAUGCUGCCCUUAUAAUCACAAUUGUCUACGGAUUAUGGAUGUUUUCUCGGAAACAAAGGACCAAUGCUGCUCGCCGGUAUGUUGCAGUCCUUCGACUGGCACGUGAUGCAGCAAGCUGUUUUUUUGGAAUGGCAUUAGGCCUCGACUCAUUAACAAAUGAAAUAAUUAAUUACAGGUUUAUUGUUGGGCUGUGCCUAUUGUUGUUCUGAUCCAAUGCCAAGUCAGCAUGUCUGGGUUUCAAGCUUGCCCUGGGGAAUGUCUUAUGUAAUUUAACUUUCCUUGGGGCAUGUAGCUUGGCCUUACCGUUCCUCACCUAAGAAGCAAUUCAAUUCCCACUUGAAAAGCCUGACCUGGAGGGACCCCACUUCAAGCCAUUGUAAUAAAUACAUCAAAUAUGUCAUCAGAAAAUAGAUGUUUUGGUUGUGUUCAUGAAGGUGUUUGGUAAUCAAAUAUAAUCAAAAUAAAACAACUAAAAUGGCAACCUUUUCUGCUCUCUCUGAUACCAGAUAAAAGAAAAAAAAUGCUCACACGUAGCCAAGCUUUUGUAGUGAUAAUGAAAUGAAAACGUCAUGACUGGUUUUGUCUAUAAGGCCCAUUAUAAAAUAAAAAUCAAUAGAGACCUGUUGGACACCCAGUAGAGACACAAGAGAGACCCAGAACAAAUGUCAGGUAAGCUAUUUUCCUUCAGACAUAAGCUCUUUCUUUAAAAUGAGGCCUUGUCUCAUUAACAUUUGGCCUCAUCUUAUUAACAAAUGAAAUAAUUAAUUACAGGUCUACUGUUGGGCUGUCUAUUGUUGUUCUGAUCAAAUGCCAGGCAAGCAGGUCAGGGGUUCAAGCUUGCCCUGGGGAAUGUCUUUAGUUCUCCUGUCCUUGGGGCAUGUAGCUUGGCCUUACUGAUUCAAACCUGAUUCAAAGAAGCAAUUUAAUUAUCACUAAAAAAGCCUGACCUGGAGGGACCCCGCUUCAAGACGUUAAAAUGAAAACCCAGAGAAACCCGAUUGGAAACCCCCUUCGGCCAUGACAUAUUUUAAUUUUUU